UGUAGGCGUACAAGUCAGAAAAGUAAAGUAAAAAUGGGCCUGUUAAAACUUGGGUUCCAGAACCAACGCUUGCAUCUGCUCCACUUUGUUCCAGAGUCUUUCAGUGUCUCAACAUCAAAAUUUUGGGUGCAGAAGUUGACCGACAAUAAGAGUGUUAAGCACUCAGCUUUAUCUUCAACUCUCAGGAGCAAACUGAUAAUAGCCAAGGCACUGAGUACAGAAGCAGAGGCAGUAUCACAACCGAAAAAAAUGGUCAAAGCUAUCAGGGUUCAUGAAUUUGGCGGACCUGAGGUCCUUAAAUGGGAGGAUGUGGAACUUGGGAAACCCAAAGAGGGUGAGAUUCGCAUUAAGAACAAGGCCAUUGGACUUAAUUUCAUCGAUAUCUAUUUCCGCAAAGGAGUUUAUAAGGCUGCUACCAUGCCCUUCACGCCAGGUAUGGAGGCUGUUGGAGAGGUGACAGCUGUAGGACCUGGACUAACCGGCAGGAAAGUUGGAGAUGUUGUAGCUUAUGCUGGUAAUCCUAUGGGUUCAUAUGCUGAGGAGCAAAUUCUUCCAGCAGACAGGGUUGUGCCAGUUCCUCCUUCUGUUGACCCUGUUAUCGCCGCAUCCGUCGUGCUGAAGGGUAUGACUGCCCAGUUUCUAGUACGUCGUUGCUUCAAGGUUGAACCUGGACACACAGUUCUUGUUCAUGCUGCAGCUGGUGGAGUUGGAUCUUUAUUAUGCCAGUGGGCAAAUGCCCUUGGUGCCACUGUCAUCGGAACUGUCUCAACCAAAGAGAAGGCAGCUCAAGCAAAGGAAGAUGGAUGUCACCAUGUCAUAAUAUAUAAGGAAGAGGAUUUUGUUGCCUGUGUCAAUGAGAUAACUUCUGGCAAAGGGGUUGAAGUUGUCUAUGAUUCUGUAGGGAAAGAUACCUUUCAGGGCUCCUUGGCAUGUUUAAAGCCUCGUGGGUAUAUGGUGAGUUUUGGGCAGUCUUCUGGUUCACCAGAUCCAGUUCCAUUGUCUGCACUUGCUGCAAAAUCUUUGUUCUUGACUAGGCCUACCAUGAUGCAAUACACACUAACUCGGGAUGAGUUGCUCGAAACUGCUGGGGAGGUGUUUGCUAAUGUUGCAUCUGGCAUCCUGCGGGUUCGUGUGAAUCACAAGUACCCUUUGUCUCAAGCAGCACAGGCUCAUGCAGACCUUGAGAAUCGUAGAACAUCUGGGUCAGUUGUGCUGAUUCCGUGAGGCAUCAGAAGAAACCUCUUUGCCGUACUCUGACUUUUCUUUGAACUCAGUUUGCAUGAAAACCAAGUUAUGUUGUCACAGGUGGGAUUAUGUGAGAACUUCAACACUAUAUAUGUUAAAAGUAUAUGUUGAAACA